AUGGACUACAGCGCCUCCAUCAGCGACGAGGCUGGUGCAUCGCCAUGGGGCAACUCACCGGGCUCCUCCCCCCGGCCCAACCAAUCCAACUUCGCUACCCUCGGUGCUGACCCGAGCGGCAACCCGCCCGACUCCCCCUUUCCCUACACACCGAGUCCCGGCAACGCAACCCCACAGGACCAGGAGAACUUCGGCGGCGAGCAUUACAGACGGCCCGGCACCGCGAGCACCCAGUCGGCGACCGAGGUGGAAACACAAGAUUCGAGGACCGAAGUCGGCUCAGAAGCCCGGACUAGCGCCGACAGCCCUGGGCCCGAGCUGCCACAGAAAUCGCAGGAGCAGGGAGGUCCGCCCAACGUGGGCGGCCAGGCCCGUCAGGACCAGCAGCCUCGCAAGCCUCAGCAGCCUCAGUUCAGGCUUCAGGCCAAGAUCACCGGCCUCGAGCGUACCGGAAAGAAGGACCCCAUCUUGCGAUUUGACGUUCAUACCAACCUUCCGAGGUUCCGCACUACCCAGUACCGCGAUGUGCGCCGCUUCCACUCGGAAUUUGUCAAGCUUGCGGAGCAUCUCAUCUCGGCGAACCCCGAGUGUUUGGUGCCGACGGUGCCACCCGCCGUAACAUCGGCUGGCGCCGGUACGGACGAGGACGAGGCCCGCGUCAAGGCCUUGCUGCAACGGUGGUUCAACUACGUGUGCAGCAACGAAGUCCUUAUGAGGGACGACGAAAUGGUACUCUUCGUAGAGAGCGAUUUCGGCUACAGUCCCAUGGUCAAGAUGAAGCAGCCGGCGACGGGCGUGCGCAGAAAGAUCCUGAAGCAGUUUGCGCCUCCGCCAGAUGACACCCCGGAGCUGCAGGAGGCUCGCCCGAUCGUGAAGCUCUUCUACUUGGGGACAAUGGAUGCUGGCCACAAGGUCGAUAAGCUUGUCAAGUCUCGUCGAGGUCUCGGAUUGGCCGAGUCCGACUUUGGCGUCAAGCUCGGCGCAAUGCAUAUCCAAGAGCCCCAUCAAGGUCUCGCCAACGCCUACCGGAAGCUCGGUAAGAUUGUGCAGACGGUUGGCGACUACCACGCCGCCCAGGCCACGGCAGAAGCGACUACGAUCGGCGACCCCUUCCAGUACCACUCACAGGACUCAUUCGUCGUUAAGGAGUCGCUCACAAACCGACAAAUUCUCAUUCGCGAGUUCCUCCAAGCACAGGAAAACACGCGCAGCAAGCUCAACGCCGCCGACCGUCUCAAGGCAAGCUCCAACGUCAGACGGGAAAAGGUUGAUGAGGCCAUUACCGCUCUCGAUGACGCGCGUCAGAAUGAGACCUACCUCUAUCAGAAGACUACCCGUGUCACCCAAAACCUCGUACAGGAGCGCCGAAAAUGGUUUGCGAGAACGGCGGCGGACCUGCGGCUCAGCAUUAGGGAGUAUGUCAUUCGCGAGAUCGAGGCGGAACGACGUGCUCUUGCCGUGUUGGAGAGCGUGAGGCCUGACAUUCGCGCCAUCGAUGCAUCCGGCGGUCUGAGUCGACUCGGACGCGAAUCUCACCCUCCCGUGAGGAGGGCCAGCGUGGCAGCCAGCCAAGGACCCAAGGGGGAUGCAUGGAGCGGUGUUCCACGACGCACCGAUACGCUCAACCGCAGCGUGUCCGGCAGUCUGAUGCCUGGCCUCCCUGAGGAGGCAGACGGCGACAAUGGACCAGGUGCAGGGCAGAAUCAGGGCCUCGGCGCAGCGGGCGGCCGGGCGAGUCUGGCCGGUGUGGCAGAAGAAGACGACGAGGACCGAGUGGAUGCGAGAAACGCGGCAAGCCGAUUGGCGACCAGCACCUUUUAA